AUGUCCGACACGAAUAGGUCCAAUGGUGGGGGUAUCUUUGCUACUGGUAAUAACACAAGUGGCGUCACAAGCGGUGGACCAGAUCUUGCUAAUAUGAAAACCUACAAUACUUUUCUUGCCACCGAUCCGAGUGUGCGGUCAUUGAUGCGCACGUCGGACGACAUUGAGCGUACACGACGCAAUGUGGCAGAGUCCGAGGAGAUGGCUAAGAACGUGUUGGUGGAUCUAGAGCUGCAGCGCUCUCAGCUUCAUGACAUGAAAGAAAUGGUCUCUGAGACUUCGAGCAUGACGGGCCAAGUGCGUCACUUGUUGCAGAUCAUUUCCAAACGCUCCUAUCGAAAGAAGAUUUGUCUCUGGCUGGUCAUUAUGGUGCUAUCUAUUACGGAUAUGCUGGUAUUCUAUCUAUUAUUUGUCCGUUAA